UCUUCAGCUGUCUAGCUCCCUGAAGGGUAUUGGGCACCCCGGACUCGCGCCCCGCCCUUGCCCCGUUUUCCACGCCCACUUCAGCUUUGACACGCCCCGGGCCUCAGUCCCCGCCCCCUGCCCACUCUCCCAGUUGGCUCUGCCGUAGGUCGCUGUGCUAGCCUGUAGCUUCUGGACAUGAGGCGUGUAGUGAAGGCCGCCGCGUUGGCUGCGGGCGCUACAGGGCUCUUCUCCAGAGUCGAAACUCCAGUUGCAAUAGGGAGAAGUUUUUCCACACCACAGUCCCAGUAUCAAGCAUCCAGUCCUGUGUGGAAGCUGGGUCGGCUCAAUCAUGUGGCCGUAGCAGUGCCAGAUUUGGAAAAGGCCUCGUCAUUUUACAGGGAUGUUCUAGGGGCCCAGGUGAGUGAGGUGGUCCCUCUGCCGGAACAUGGAGUAUCUGUGGUUUUUGUCAACCUGGGAAAUACCAAGAUGGAACUGCUUCAUCCACUGGGGAGUGAUAGUCCAAUCACAGGCUUUCUGCAGAAGAACAAGGCUGGAGGAAUGCAUCACGUCUGCAUCGAGGUGGACAACAUCAGUGCAGCUGUGAUGGAUCUGAAGAAAAAGAAGAUCCGUAGUCUGAGUGAUGAGGCCAAAAUAGGAGCACAUGGGAAACCCGUGAUUUUCCUCCAUCCCAAAGACUGUGGUGGGGUCCUUGUAGAACUGGAGCAAGCAUGAUUUAUGAGAAACUUAAUUAAUUGACCCAAGCAACCCUUAUCAAUAAUAUCAGAUGCAUUGUGCUACUACUUCCACUACUUUAAAACUUUAAUGGCAGAAAGAUUAAAAUAUAUGCACAUGUAUAUACA